UAAAUAAUAAAAAUUCAACAUUAAAAUGACAAGUAUCAAUCGCUAACAUCCAAAAUCUAAUAAUUUCAUUUUCAAAAUUUUUAAUAAACCCUACUUUAUAAAAUGACUUUAGCUGAACCUUCGGUAAUUCCCAUCGACACUUUUAAAGAAUUUGAAUGUGAUAAAGUAUUCGAAGGAAUACGAAAUUCAUUAAAAAACACAGGUCAAAACUGGAUAGAAAACUUUAAAUGUGGAAACGCUAAAGCAAUGGAUAGUGUCUUUUUCCAUAAAGAUAGAUUUGAGGUUGUGAUAGACGUACGAGGCUAUUGUCCCAACGAAAUAAAAUGUCAAAUGCUGGGAAAUGUAAUCGAAAUCUUAGCUGAGAAGAAAGAUGAAAAUGAAUGUCCCGGUGGAACCACGAAUAGAGUUAUGACAUUAACAAGAAGGUACGAGUUGCCACAAGCAAUCAAACCAAACUGUGGAUCCUGUGCUUUGUCAUCGGAUGGAGUUUUGGUAAUUUGUGCUCCUUGGAAUAACGACUCGCCACAGUGAAGUCAUUUUAUAAAAAUAAAAACAGAAAAAAACAUAUCUGGAAGACUUAAUUACUAUUAAAUAAA